CACAAACCUUUAUCUCUUCCGACUUUUCCCACAUAGAAAGGAAAAUCUCUGCACUUCUUAAUUUUCUCAGUUUCUCUGAAUCAAAUUCAUCACCAUGACUCAGACGGUUAAUCUCAAGGUUACCAUGUCAUGUGGAGGCUGUGUUGGGGCUGUCAAAAGGGUUUUGAGUAAAAUGGAAGGUGUCGAGUCUUUUGAUAUUGACGAUAAACAGCAAAAAGUGACCGUGAAAGUGAAAGAUAAUGUGACACCAGAAGCUGUAAAAACCACUGUUUCAAAAACUGGAAAGAAAACCGAGUUUUGGGAAGAACAGGCGUCUGCAGGACCUGAUGCCAAGCCUUCUGAAGCUGAUGCUUCAUCUGACCAAGUGCAGCAGACUGCUUCAGAACCUGAAAAGGAAAGUUCACCUCUUACAGAGAAUGGAGCUGUCGAACUGGAUGCUAAGCCUUCAGAAGAUGUUGCUACUACUGCCGUGGCAACUUGAAACAUCUAAGACUUCCUUCUUUGCCUUUUCCUCAAAGGCUUUUCUUCUAUAAUUACAGUAUGAAAUGAACUGUAUAAUAAUUGAUGUUUAACCACCAACAUUGCUUUCUAGGUUUUCUUUUUAUGUGUUUGCUGUGUCACGGACUCACGAUCAGAAAUGUUAUGGUCACUUCUCUUAUUAUAUGUACCAUAUUGCCUCAUUGCCUUUGUUCGUUACUUAAUCUUGGCAUUGAGCCCAUUUUCAAUGAUCUAUGAUUUUGCUGUUGCAAAAACC